CUUGACCACAACUCGCAACAGCGCAAGCAGCGACAUGAUACGAGCACAAGGGGCGGCACGACUCACCCGGGCAUACACAUCCUCGGCGCGGCCUGUGCCAUUGCUGCCCAAAACGCUGGCAGAGUCGUCCAAGCCGCCUGGCCACAUUCCAGUGUUCCGCACCCUCGCUGCGCUGCGACGCUGGCGGCGCGACGCCCGGGAUCGUGACCUCGACGUUGGCUGUGUGCCCACUAUGGGUGCGCUGCACGAGGGACACCUGAGCCUAGUCAAGACGUCGCUCAAACGCCACCCAUUCACGGUUAUGACGCUCUUCGUCAACCCCAUGCAGUUUGCGCCGCACGAGGACCUGUCGGCCUACCCUCGCACUUUUGAGCGUGAUAUGGAUUCGCUGCGCUCUCUGCUGCCCACCGGCCCCGAGUCGCCGAUCCACGGCCUCGGUAUCUCAGAGUACGACGGCAGACCUUCCCCCCGCAGCCAGCGCCAGGCGGCUGACAGCCCCUUGGUCGUGUUCGCGCCCACCGCCGACGUGAUGUACCCCCUCCGCGGCGAGCUGCAGGACAUGAGCCGGCGAAAGGGCGCCAGCAUCGAGGUCCGCGGCUGGGGAGAGGUCAUGGAGGGGGCGUCUAGGCCCCAGUUCUUCACUGGCGUCGCGACGGUCGUGACCAAGCUGUUCAACGCCGUCGAGCCCGACCACGCGUACUUUGGCCAGAAGGACAUUCAGCAGGCUCUGCUGCUGAAAAUCAUGCUCACCGACCUCCUCGUCUCUCACCCGACAUCGGAUAACCUGCACAUCCUGCCGACACGUCGCGACCCCGAGACUGGGCUCGCUCUGUCAAGCCGGAAUGCGUACCUCUCACCAGCGGAGAAGAAGGUGGCCCCUACGCUGGCCCGAGCGCUCGAGGCGGGCCGCGCGGCAUGGAGCAGCGGCGCCACUGGCGAGGCGAUCAUCGAGGCCGCGACUGCUGUCGUCAAGGCAGAGGAGGAGCGCCUCAAGACGUCGGGCGAGGACGUCGACCUCCGACUCGACUACUUUGAGGUGUUUGAGAAGGACACAUUCACGCCAGUGCGCGGCGUCCCCGCCACUGGCCAGCUGGCGAUCGCCGGUGCCAUGUUUGUGGGCAAGACCCGGUUGAUCGACAACCUGCUUUUGGGAUGGGAGGCCGAGGAGGCCGAGGACUAGGCGCGUGCCACGAGCGCGCCAGGAAGUGUACUACCAUUGCAAUGCAUCGAAC